AUGAAUUUUCUAUCUAAGACCUUUAGUACAUUAACGGGAUCUUCUAUCCCGUAUACUAUUAAGGAAAAGAUUGUUGACCCUCCCCUUUCCUUCCCAGAUACCAGAUCAAUCUGGACAGUAUAUGAUGGUGUAAACCCAAAAAACGAUAAUGCUCCAGUUACCAUAUUUGAAUUUAAUCUUAAAGACCCUGUGAAUAUACUGAAUGACUAUGUUGCUUUAGCCAAAAAUUGCUUCAAGAAGGCGAAAUUGAUUAAGCACCCAGGAAUUAUAUCAGUAAUUGAUUUUAUCGAAAAUGACAACUUCUUAUAUAUUAUAACAGAACAAGUUGUACCCUUGAAGAAUUAUUUAAGCAAUAAUAAGAGUCAGAUUUCUGAAGAUGCCAAAUUAUUUGGGAUUUAUUCGGUUGGUCAAUCAUUACUGUUUAUUAACAUGAAAUGCCAAUGUUUACAUGGAAAUGUUGAUGUUAAUAAUUCUGUAUUUGUUACUCCGGCAGGAGACUGGAAGCUAUUUGGAUUUGAAUUAUUGACUAAUCUCAAUUCUGAUCCAGAUCAACCUAUUUACAGACAUUCCAAUAGAUUGCCAGGGUUUGAAAAUCGUGUACCGGAAGAUGUUUUAAAUCUGGGAGUAGAUUCCAUAAGACAGUUUCCUAUAAAGUUUGAUUCAUUUUUAUAUGGAGCUUUCAUCUUCAAAAUAUUAACCCUUGAUACUUUUGACGGUAAAGUUCAACAACUGGAUUUACUGGUAUCGAAUAAUAAGAUUCCAAAGCAGUUAAAUGUUCAUUACAAAAGACUUAUUUCGAAUAAGCCAAAUUUAAGAACUACAGUAGAUAAAUUCUUAAGCGAUAGCAAUACAUUCUUCAACAAUAACAAAAUAGUACAAUUUAAUACCCAACUAGAGGAAAUCAAAUUCAAGAACGACGAAGAAAAACGUGAGUUUUUCAAAUAUGGUCUUGCGUCUUACUUAUCCGAGAAUGAUAGCAUUCAAUUCCCACCAGGUUUGCUAGACCACAAGCUUUUACCUGAGCUUGUAAGUCAGUUCAAUAAUUUGUCAAAAAUAGCACCAACAGUAAAUUCUACCCCAGAGGAACAUCAACAAAGGCAAGAAACUAUAUCUGUAAUUUUACAUUAUAUAUUGAGAUUUGGAUCAACAUUGCCUACAGAUUUAUUUUGUAAGUCGGUGAAACCAAUUAUUUUCAAAACUUUCAGCUUGGCUGAUAGAACAAUUAGAUUAAACUUAUUGACUCACCUCCCAUCUUAUUCAGCAUAUUUAACUGAAUCGGAUAUUCAACUGAAAAUAUUUUAUGACAUGAUCAGUGGCUUUCAAGACACUAAUUUUAUGAUUCGUGAAACUACGUUAAAAUCUAUCACUACUAUUAUUGAUAAAGUAUCUGUAAAACAAGUUAACCAAGAUUUGCUAAAGGUAUUAGCAAAAUCACAGAUGGAUCCAAAGCCUUCAAUUAGAACGAAUACAUUAAUAUUGAUUAUAAAGAUAUCAGAUAAGAUCUAUAAAAAUUCUAAAAACAAUGUCUUGAUAACUGCAUUAUCCAAGUCGUUGAGAGAUUCUUUUACGCCAUGCAAAAUGAUGGCUUUGUCUGGAUUUGAAAAACUCAUUGAUGAAUUUUCAUUAGAUGAAAUUUGUGGAAAAAUAUUAGGACAUUUGGCUAUUUCAUUAAUGGAUAACAAAUCUUAUAAAGUCAGAGUUGAGGCAAAAAGAGUUUUCGACUUGUAUUUGCAGUCGGUCGAGAAACAUUCUGCCUCGCUUCCUCAAGAUGAAGAAGACGAAGAUUUAGAAGAAAAAGAAUUUUUCAAGAAACAUGCACCAAUGAGCAAAGACGCUCAAGAGAAAGUAGUAGAAGCACCUGUAUCAAGUUCUUCAUUCGGGUGGAAUGUGGUGAAUAAAUUAAUAUCUACAUCUGCUGUAAAUGGUAAAUUGAACAACGAUUUUAAUAGCUCUACGCCGGACUUGACAAAACCUGCUUUGCCAUCGGCAAACAACAUCAAAUCAAACAUUAAUGAUCAGCAAAACAGUACUGACAAUAUCCAAGAUUGGAAUUUUGAGGAUGAUGGUUGGAAUGAAGAUGUUGAUCUUGAGAUUGACAAUAAUAUAUUAGAAGAGUCAAAGGUUACACCCUCAAAAAGUUCACCUACUCCCUUAAAGCCUCAGAAAAAAGCCAGUACUUUGAAGCUAGGAGCUAAGCAACAAAAGAAUCCAGGGUCGACUCUCAAGCUAAACCUUACCGUUGAGGAGGAUGAUGGGUGGGGUGAUUCCGCUGAUUGGUAA